CGACCUCUACCAUCCACUACCAAUGUCAGCUACAACAGACCUGAACGUCCCCCUCAGCAAUGAGUUUUUGCGCCCGAUAAAUCGAGAGAUUGGCGCUGUGGACAGCCCAGAACCAGGGAACGGGGCUGUUUAUCUUUGUGGCAAUUCCUUGGGACUGUUGUCGAACCGCUCCAAUCAGAUGGUCCAAGAAGAGCUUAAAGCAUGGGGGACGCGCGCCGUCGUUGGGCAUUUCUCGCAUCCUCAGGAUCGUCCAUGGGUCACCUGUACCGAUAAGGUGAACCCUUUGAUGGCUGAACUAGUUGGGGCGAAUGAGAAAGAAGUCGCGUGUAUGGGCACGUUGACCAAUAAUCUUCAUCUCAUGAUGGAUUCGUUCUAUAAACCAACUGCUGAACGAUAUAAAAUUGUCUGCGAAGCGAAAGCCUUUCCCUCGGAUCAAUAUGCAUUUGCAUCACAAGUAAAGGCCCAUGGGUUCGACCCUGAAGAAGCUAUUAUUGAAGUAUCACCGAGGGAUGGUGAAUACACCCUCAGGGAAGAAGAUAUACUCGGCGUCCUUGAGGCAAACGCCUCGUCCAUCGCCCUUGUCCUUUUCAGUGGUAUCCAAUAUUAUACGGGCCAGUAUUUCCCCAUGAAAUCCAUCACGAAGAAGGCCAAAGAUUUGGGUUGCAUUUGUGGCUGGGACCUUGCCCACGCCUUUGGUAACGUCCCCUUAUCACUUCACGACUGGGAUGUGGACUUUGCCGUCUGGUGCACUUAUAAAUACGGGAAUUCGGGGCCCGGGGGUAUCGCGGGUCUGUUCAUCCACGAGAGGUGGCAUAAAGUUGAGAAACCUAAGUAUGCUGGUUGGUGGGGCCACGAACUGGCCACGCGGUUCAAGAUGCCUCCCAAAUUCUCACCUACACCUGGUGCGCAGGGAUUCCAACAAUCCAACCCCUGUGUGCUCGCCGUUGCCUCGCUCUACGGGUCCCUUCAAAUCUUCAAAGAAGUAGGCGGGACCUCUGUUCUGCGGGAACGGUCUCUCCUUCUCACCGGGCACCUCGACCAAUUGCUUCGUGCGUCGAAAUACUUUGUACCUCCAGGUGAAGCCAUUACCGCUUCGAAGCGAUCGAGCCCUGGCUUCACGAUCAUCACCCCAAGCGAUCCCGAAGCACGAGGGGCACAAUUAUCGCUUCUUUUCCUACCUGUUGGUGGGGGGAUCAUGGUCAAAGUCUUUGACUAUUUGAUCAAGCAUGGUGUGGUUGGAGAUGAACGAGAACCGGACGUUAUCCGCCUUGCACCUGCACCUCUUUACAACACCAUUGCGGACUGCGACGCAGCAGUUCGCUACUUGAACGAGGCCUUAGACACUCUCAGUAAAUAA